GCCAAAUGUGCAAACGCUCUCCCUCCUUUAGUGGACUUAGCUAUCCUAGGUGUGCAGGACUGUGUUGAUUUAGAUUUUGAUGGGACUUAUUUUAUGUAUAUCUACUCUCAGGACUUUAAUUUUGAAAAGAUGUCACAAUUAGCCUCUUAGUUCAGGAAGCAGGAAGUACUAGUUGUACUACAAAAGUUUAGAAAAAUUGUGGUAGCUGUGACAUCCCCAAACAUCAUCUUUCUUUGCAUCUGUUAAAUGCAAUGUCUUUUCACAGUUGAAUCAUAAACUUCAUAAACGACUUGAUGUCUCCAGCGAGGUUUUUUGAGUCACUGUUUAACUUACUGGAUAGUUAGAUGCUAGAGAAUUCUAACAAGGCCAGUACAGUGAAAAGACAUUAAUACAACAGACUGAGAAGGACGCUCAAGAAUUGUGUGGAAUCAAGAUUUAGACAUUCCAAAGACUCUGUCACAUCAAUCUAAUUUUUCUGCAUAUCAAGUCCUAUAUAAGCAUGGCAGAAGGUCAGACAGACUCAGCAGAUCUUAAAGGCACAGCCGAAGAGGUGCACUCUGUCAGCGUACAUUCCUCAAAAGCAUCCAGUCGUUCCUCAAGAGCAUCCAGUCGUCACUCAAGUGCCAGCAUAGCGGUCUUUAAAGCAAGAGCAAAAGCAGAAGCCGCGCAAGCCAGAGCAGCGUACGCUAAAAGAGAAAUAGAAUUGAAAGUUGAACAGGCACGUCUUCAAGCAACACAGGAGGCUUUGCAAGAGGAAAAAGAAAAAGAUGCUGCUUUAGCAGAAGCUCAUGUACUGGAGGAAGCAUUGUUAGAAACGGAGCGUAGCGCAGCCAGUAGAGUAUCAGUUCCUGUUCCCAUCGAGGACAGUCGAAGUCGAACAGCAGAUUAUGUGAAAACACAAUCUAAGGUCAGUAGUGGUACACUGCCAUCUAGUGGACGGAAAGAAAUGCAACCAGCAGUUCAAGCUUCUCACAUUGUAAGUCCAAUUAAAAGUGAAUCAGAUUUCAAGGACUUACCAAUUAGUUCACAAAUCAUGGAUUUUGGUGCAGACAUGUCUCAGAAUGUCACCAGAAUGCAGUCUCCUUAUCACUACCAAAUGCAGAGUAGACCUCCUGAUAAAGAAGAUUCCUUGUCCAUUACCUAUGACCUCGCAAAGUAUUUAGCUCGUACGCAGCUUGUGUCAGCAGGGCUUACUUACUUUGAUGACAAGCCCAUUAACUACUGGGCAUGGAAAUCAUCUUUCCAAGGUGCUAUUUCUGGUCUUGGUCUUUCUCCUGCAGAAGAGCUUGAUCUCUUAAUUAAAUACCUGGGUAGAGAAUCUUCUGAGCAUGCACGGAGACUGAAAGCUGUUCAUAUCAGAAAUCCAUCAGCUGCGCUAAUAAUGACAUGGCAGAGACUUGAGGAAAUAUACGGUUCUCCAGAAGCAAUUGAGCAUGCUCUUUUUGCUAAACUUGAAAACUUUCCCAGAGUGACAAACAAAGACCCACAAAAGCUUCGAGAUUUAGGAGACAUCCUCUCAGAACUAGAAGCUGCUAAGCUUGAAGGAUACUUACCAGGUCUGGCAUACUUGGACACUUCUAAGGGAGUGAAUCCUAUUGUGGAGAAACUUCCAUAUAACAUUCAAGAGAAGUGGAUGUCAUUUGGAUCCAAAUAUAAGCAAGAAUAUCAUGUUGCUUUUCCACCUUUCUCAGUGUUUGCAAAUUUUGUUCGUUCAGAAGCAAAAGCACGUACAGAUCCGAGUUUCAGUACAUUUCCUCACACGAAAUAUGAGAAAGGAGAAAGAUUUGAGAGACAAACACAAAUGCCAAUAUCUGUUCACAAGACUCAAGUUAAUCCUUCAACUAAAGUCAGAUCUGAACAGGGAAAGAGAUCAGUUAGCCCGAACAAAAGCUGCCCAAUACAUGGAAAACCUCAUCCAUUGAGAAGAUGCAGAGGGUUUAGAGAAAAGUCUCUACAAGAUAGAAUGCAAUUCUUGAAAGAGCAGUCUGUGUGUUACCGUUGCUGUUCUUCUACAGACCACUUUGCCAAAAACUGCACCGUAGAAGUUCAGUGCAAAGAGUGUGGUAGUGACCGUCACCCCUCGGCACUUCAUCCAGGUCCUGCACCCUGGAAAUCUCAGGCAUCUACCCCUUCCUCAGACUAUGGCGGGGAGAAUGACAAAUUAUCUAGUCAUGAGGUUACAUCUGAAUGCACAGAAGUCUGCGGAGAAGGUCUGAGUGCACGGUCUUGUUCAAAAAUUUGUCUCGUUUCUGUCUAUCCAGCCGGACAAAAAGAGAAAUCAAAGAGGAUGUAUGCUAUCCUGGAUGAGCAAAGCAAUCGCUCUUUGGUGAGAAAAGAUUUUUUUGACAUCUUCAACAUCAAAACAAGUCCAUUGCCCUACACACUGAAAACAUGUGCAGGCCUUUUAGAGACAGCAGGUAGAAGAAUUUCUGAUUUUGUUGUGGAGUCCAUUGAUGGAAAGAUAAGUCUACCUCUCCCUACUCUUCUAGAAUGUAAUCAGAUUCCAAACAAUCGUGCAGAGAUUCCAACUCCUGGUGUAGCAUUCCAUCACAGCCACCUGAGACAUAUUGCACAGGAAAUACCACCUCUCGACUGCGAUGCUGAGAUUCUUCUUUUACUGGGCAGAGACAUCCUGCAAGUACACAAAGUACGCAAACAAAUUAAUGGCCCAAAUAGCGCCCCCUUUGCUCAAAAACUGGAUUUGGGCUGGGUUGUCGUCGGGGAUGUGUGUCUCAAAGGAGCUCAUAGGCCCACUUCAGCUCAUACUUUCAAGACUUUCGUCUUAGAAAAUGGCCGUCACAGCUUUCUGAGUCCAUGCUACAGUCAAAUCAAGGUAAAAGAGAAGUUGGGUGUUAAUUCACAGCAGCAACAACCUCUAGAAUCCACAUCUGAGGAUUCCGUUCUGUUGGUGCCUGAUGGUGAAAGCAUUGGUCAUUCGGUUUUCUCUUACACUGCAAAUGAUCAUAAGAUGGCUCCAUCUGUGGAAGACACUAGGUUUCUCCAGAUUAUGGACAAAGAAUUUUUUCAGGACAGCGGCAACAGUUGGGUUGCUCCACUACCUUUUCGUGAGCCCAGACAAAGUCUACCCAACAACAAAGACUACGCGUUGAAACGUCUUCUUGUGCUGCGACACACUCUGAGCAAGCGACCGCAAAUGAAAGCACACUUCCUGGAUUUUAUGAAGAACUUGCUAAAAAAUGAACAUGCUGAGAUUGCACCGUCUCUUCAGCAAGGUCAAGAAGUGUGGUACCUGCCGCUGUUUGGGGUGUAUCAUCCUAAAAAACCUGACAAAAUUCGAGUUGUCUUCGAUUCAAGUGCACCAUAUGAGGGAGUUUCACUGAACAGUGUACUUCUCACAGGCCCUGAUUUGAAUAACAGCCUGAUAGGGGUCCUGAUGAGAUUCCGUAAAGGGUCUGUGGCUAUUACUGCUGACAUACAGCAUAUGUUCCAUUGUUUUCUGGUUAGGGAGGACCAUAGGAAUUAUCUUAGGUUCCUGUGGUACAGAAACAAUGACCUUGACAGUGAAAUCGUGGACCACAGAAUGCGUGUGCAUGUUUUCGGGAAUAGCCCAUCACCAGCUGUGGCUAUUUAUGGUCUAAGGAGAGCGGCUAAAGAACAUGAAGAGAGUUUCGGCAGUGACACCAGAAAGUUGGUGGAAAAGGAGUUCUAUGUUGAUGACAUGCUGAAAUCAUGUGCUACACAGGCAGAGGCGAUCGACCUUCUCAAGCGUACACAAGAGAUGCUUGCAGUGUCUAACCUUAGACUGCACAAGAUUAUCUCUAACUGUCCAAACGUGAUUGAAGCCUUUCCUUUAGAAGAUCGUGCCGAGGGCAUUAAAGAUCUACAACUUUUCUCUAAUGGCCUUCCCAUCCUACGUAGCCUUGGUGUGUCCUGGAAUGUUGCAACAGACUCUUUCAUGUUUCAUGUUUCGGAUGAUGACAAGCCUUUCACUCGGAGAGGGGUCCUAUCUACUGUAAAUGGCUUGUAUGACCCUCUUGGAUUCCUUGCGCCUGUUACCAUACAAGGGAGAUUACUGUUGAGGGAACUUACCAAACAAGGUGAGGGCUGGGAUUCCCCUUUGCCAGAGGACAUGGAGGCUGAAUGGAGAAAAUGGAAAAAUUCUCUUCAAGAUUUGAAAAAGCUUCAAAUACCACGUGUUUGCACAUCCAUUCCUCUGACUGAUGUCCAAAGUAAAGAACUUUGUGUUUUUGCGGACGCAUCAGUUAAAGCCAUUGCUGCUGUAGGAUACCUGAAGGUAACAGAUCAACAAGGUCACACGGAUGUUAACUUCUUAUUUGGAAAAUCCAAAUUGGCACCACAGCCAGACAUUACUGUCCCAAGACUGGAGUUGUGUGCUGCUGUAUUAGCAGUGGAGAUUGCAGAGAUGAUUGUAGAAGAGAUGGACAUGACCUUUGAUCACAUCUGGUAUUAUACUGACAGUAAAGUAGUACUAGGCUACAUCCAUAAUCAAACACGGAGGUUCUAUGUCUAUGUGAACAACAGAAUUCAACGAAUCCAUAAAUCCAGUUCACCUGCACAAUGGCGAUAUGUUCCCACAGGACUUAACCCAGCAGACCAUGGAUCCAGAUCUGUGCCUGCAGCACUCUUGGGUACCAGUUCAUGGCUCACGGGCCCACACUUCUUGCAUAAUUCUCAGCUUCGACCUGAAUCACAAGAAUCAUUUGAGCUUGUGGAUCCUACCUCAGAUUCUGAAAUACGCCCACAAGUGUGUUCGAACCUUACUGAAGUUCCAAAGUUUACAUGGAACUCCGUGAGAUUCAGUAGAUUCUCUAACUUUAACACUCUCAUAAGAGCAAUAGCACGUCUGAUUCACAUUGCCAAUUCUUUCUCCAAACGUUCACAAGAUGAUAGUUGCAGAGGAUGGCAUAUCUGCAGCAAAGGUCCAUCUAAAGAAGAGCUGGAGAAAGCAAAAAUUCUUGUUUUGAAGGGUGCGCAAUACGAGAGUUAUCCAACGGAGAUUAAGAGCAUCACUGCAAGCUCACAACCUUCCUCGUAA